UUCAUAGUGAACUCACCAUCACCCAAUCUCUCGUCGCCGGAUUCCUCCGUUUGCCGUCCACCUUCGCCGUAGCAGAACGGCAGAAGAACAACCAACUGUUCUGGAAUUCAAGGUGAAAGAGCGAAAUAAGAGAAAACCCCGAUGGGUUCACAGGUGCUAAUUGCAUCACUCUCCACGACACCUCAAUCUUCCAUAGCAUCAUCAUCUUCUCGCAUCCAACACACACUGGCUCAAAGAAACCACAUACCGGCUCAUGUUUACAAACACCCAGCAGCGAUUCUCCUAGAACUCUGCACUUCCAUGGAAGAACUUCACCAAAUCAUCCCUCUCAUUGUCAAAAACGGUCUCUAUGAAGAACAUCUAUUUCAGACGAAGCUAGUCAGCUUGUUCUGCAGAUAUGGCAGCUUAACUGAAGCCACCCGUGUUUUUGAUUCAAUUGAAGAUAAAAAUGAUGCUGUUUAUCACACAAUGCUUAAAGGCUAUGCGCAAAAUUCUUCGAUUUUUGAUGGAUUUUCGUUCUUUUGUCGUAUGAUGGAUGACGGCGUGCAGCCUGUGGUGUAUAACUUUACAUAUUUGUUGAAGGGUUGUGGUGAGAGUUGUCUUGUUAGGAAGGGGAAAGAAGUUCAUGCGCAGUUGAUUUUGAAUGGUCAUGGGGGGGAUGUUUAUGCCAUGACGUGUAUUGUUAAUAUGUAUGCGAAGUGUAGGUUGAUUGAUGAUGCAUACAAGGUGUUUGUUAGAUUUCCCGAGAGGGAUUUGGUGUGUUGGAAUACCAUUAUCGCAGGAUAUGCUCAAAAUGGUUUGGCAGGGAGAGCAAUAGAAUUGGUGUCACAAAUGCAAGGGGAAGGACUGAGGCCAGAUCCUAUCACGAUUAUUUCGGUAUUGCCUGCUGUUGGUAAUAUUGGUCAUUUGAGGGUUGGAAAAUCUAUUCAUGGUUAUGUUUUUAGGUGCGGAUAUGAACGCCAUGCAAAUGUUUCGACUGCAUUAGUUGAUAUGUAUUUGAAAUGUGGGUCUUUAUGCAUCGGACGUGUUAUAUUUGACAAGAUGUGUGGUAGAAAUGUGGUCUCAUGGAACAUAAUGAUCGAUGGCUAUGCGCAAAAUGGUGAUUCUGCAGAAGCACUGAUGCUUUUUGAGAAGAUGUUGGAUGAUGGAGUUAAACCAACCGGUGUGACUAUAAUGGCAGCACUCCAUGCUUGUGCUGAUUCGGUUGAUCUAGAACGGGGGCAAUUCAUUCAUCGAUUGGUCAACGAACUAGGACUACACCCUGAUGUUUCGGUCAUGAACUCUCUGAUCUCUAUGUAUUGCAAGUGUAAACGGGUUGAUAUUGCUGCUGAAAUAUUUAAAAACUUGAAAGGAAGAACCCUUGUCUCAUGGAAUGCCAUGAUACUUGGAUAUGCACAAAAUGGUCGAGUAAUUGAUGCUUUGAAUCAUUUUCGUCACAUGAAAUUGCAAAACAUCGAACCUGAUUCAUUCACCAUGGUGAGCAUCAUUGCAGCUGUUUCUGAGUUAUCAAUUUUAUGCCAAGGGAAGUGGAUCCAUGGACUUGUUACUAGAACUUGUUUGGACGGAAAUGUCUUUGUCAAGACGGCUCUUGUGGAUAUGUAUGCUAAAUGUGGAGCUAUUAGUACGGCUAGAAAGUUAUUUGACCUGAUGGAUGAAAGGCACGUAACCACAUGGAAUGCUAUGAUCGAUGGAUAUGGGACACAUGGAUGUGGAAGGGAUGCCAUUGAAUUGUUCAGAGAAAUGGAAAAUGGAGAUGUAAAGCCAAACAAUAUAACAUUUCUGUGUAUUAUCUCAGCAUGCAGUCAUUCAGGCUUUGUCGAAGAGGGGAUUCGAUAUUUUUCCAUCAUGAAGGAAAAAUAUGGGAUUGAGUCUACAAUGGAUCACUAUGGAGCCAUGGUGGACUUGCUUGGCAGAUCAGGCAGGCUUAAUGAAGCAUGGAAUUUCAUUCUAAACAUGCCUGUUGAGCCAGAGAUCAACGUUUUUGGUGCAAUGUUGGGUGCUUCCAAGAUUCAUAAAAAUGUUGAAUUGGGGGAAAUGGCAGCAAACAGACUGUUCAAGUUAAAUCCCAACGAUGGCGGGUAUUAUGUAUUGCUUGCAAAUAUGUAUGCUUCAGCUUCAAUGUGGGAUAAAGUGACUGAAAUCAGGACUAAAAUGGAAAUAAGAGGUAUAAGGAAAACCCCUGGAUAUAGUUCUGUUGAUUUGGGAAAUGAAGUUCAUACUUUCUAUUCUGGCAGCUCGUGGCAUUCUCAUUCGAAGAAGAUUUACGCUUUUCUUGAAACACUGAUCGAUAGGAUUAAGGCUGCUGGUUAUGUAUCUGAUACGGAUUCAAUACAUGAUGUAGAAGAUGAUCUACAAGAACAAAUGGUCAAUACCCAUAGUGAGAAGCUUGCUAUUGCUUUUGGACUUCUGAAUACCCGUCCAGGUACACCUAUUCACAUAAGAAAAAAUCUUCGUGUAUGUGGUGAUUGUCAUACCGCAACAAAAUUCAUAUCGCUUGUGGAGCAGCGAGAAAUUGUAGUCCGUGAUUUGCACCGGUUCCACCAUUUCAAGAAUGGGACUUGUUCUUGUGGAGAUUAUUGGUGACUUGGUGUCUGUAAAUUGUUCAAUAUACGCACUUCUGAAAUAACAACUCAUGCUUGAGGACCCAUAUGUGGUCAGAAAUUCAGAAUGAAUACUGAGGUAUUUCCCUUCAUUCCUGUAAUUAAUCAUUUUCAUUACAUAUUCAUGUGUUGCAUGAACUGAAAAAUAGUUUUUGUUAGAUAUUGUACAUAGUUAGAUAAUUAGAGUUUUGCUUUCAAGAAAUCUAAAGUGUAGCUUCCUAAUAUAGGUUACCUUUUCUAUAUAAAUGUUUGUAAUCUCUUAUAAUGAAAUGCAAGAUAUAUAUCUUUCUUGAUCAACUUCCAUGGUAUCAGAGCCAGUCAUCUUCUUCUAAGCUCCGCUGGACGACACGGCAUUCUCGUUUAAAUAAAUAGAUGUCGGCCGUACUUGUGAAUCCCUGCCCUGUUUUCCACAUCGGCAAUGCACCUCCAUCGAUAUUCAAUUUAUUUUCAUGCUCAUAUAACUGCAAAAUGACACUUGACCUAUUCGAAACAAGAGAUCAAAGUGAUCUUCCUCCUUUUUCCCAAUAAGUCGACGGCCUUACACCAUUGGGAGACUUCGAAGAAUUGCCUCAACAAAAAUAGAUGGAAUUGGGCCUAAAAAAGUGCCCUAUCUCAUCAUCCUGGAAUGACCAAAUAGCAUACCUCUCCGGUGACUGGACCCUAUCCAAUUUGAUUUGAUAUUUUCUUCUGUUUUUUUUUUCUUUCAGGGCAAGCAUCAAAACUAACAACUCUAACAAGUUUCU